AUGCCGUCUCCCCGGAGGAUCUACACCUGAUCCGUGUACCACAUACACCCAGAGGAGAUACUACGCAGAGACGGUUUGCUCCGUGAUCCACAGCCCUGUCUUUCAGGUAAUGGAUGCGGAGUCCGUACAAAAAACUUGCUUCUACGGUUGUUUUCAUUUACGCAUUCACGUGUCUCUGUGGUCUUUCAGAGGUGUCACGAUGUGGUAGAGAGGGAGCCAUAUUUACGUCUGUGCCUGUCGGAGGUCUGUGGCUGUUCACCUCAGAAGGCCUGUCACUGCACUGUCCUCACCGCCUACGCUCAGCAAUGUGCUCAGGAAGGCAUCGCAAUCCAGUGGCGCAACCAAACCUUCUGUCCGGUCCAGUGUUCAGGCGGCCAGGUGUACCAGGAAUGUGGUCGUGCGUGUGGCAGCUCCUGUUCAGAUCUCCAGCAGGGCUGGAGUUGUGAUGAUGACGGCGGAUCUGGCCCUAGAAUGUGUGUUCCAGGUUGCCAGUGCCCACCAGGAUUACUGCAGGACCAACAGAACCAGUGUGUGCCGGCUGCCAUGUGUCCUUGUGUGCAAGAGGGAAAGGUGUACCAGCCUGGAGCUCUGAUACAGAACAGCUGUAAUACCUGUCUGUGUGUGCAGGGCUCUUUCAACUGCACACAGGAUCGCUGUGAGGAGACGAAUCCCUGUCCAGGCACGCUGGUCUUCUCUCCCCGCUCCUGCCUCGUCACCUGCUCCAGCCUGGACCUUUCUGGCCAACAGCCGGGACAGUCCAGCUGCAAAGAGAGUCUUUCUGGCUGUGUGUGCCCCCAAGGAACUGUCCUUCUUGUGGGUGAAAAUAUUGAACUGUAAAUGUAGAAAGUAGCAGGGAGAAAUAAUCAUAGAAAUGCAUUUCUAUUUUUUUUUAAAAAGGAAGAGAGACAGUAGAAAGAAGAAAGUAGAAGAAAGUAGAAAGACUAAAUAUGUGAACCUUACUAAGUUUCACUUUGCCAGAAAAAGAUCUAGUUAAUUAACAGCUCUUUGUUUAACUGCACCUUUCCCAGUAGAGUAAAUACAGCACUUUUUCUCUCAGCAUGUCCCUAAGCAAGUCAUUAGCUUGCUGUUUACUUAGCAUUUACCACUUUUUUACCAGACAUGUUGACAUGUUUUUAGUGUAGGUAUUUAUUUUGUAGGAUCUGCUCAAGUACUGGUGAGUCACUGGAUACAAGCAGUAGUGGUACCAUAGUGUAGUGGCUAUCAAAUGGUUCCAUGGUUAAGUCAUUACACUUGCUUACACAUCAGCUGUUACACACAGAUGUUCUUGGGUUUGAGCUCCAGAGGAACCACAUACUUGGUGCCUCUAGGGGGCAGCCUGUUUCAGCAGAUCUGCUGUUAACACAGUUCCCCCAGUGUGGGAUCAAUAGAGUUCAAGUCAUUGUUAUCAAUAUAAAAAAGAGAAAAAAACUGACAUCCUUCAGUCUUAAAGUGACAAGUGAUAUGUUACGUUGUCUUAUUAGCUGUAUUUGUAUGUUGACGACAGUUUGUCAUGUCUGUUCCGUCCGCCGCAGGAUGAUCGCUGUGUUCUCCCAGAAGAGUGCCCGUGUCACCACAAUGGUAGACUCUACUACAGUAAUGACACCAUCACCAAAGACUGCAACACAUGGUGAAAUAAACUCGGUCGACCCUCUCUGUGUGUGUCACAUCACUG